AAAAACAGAGAAAUAAAUCGCCGGCUUUGUUAGUGUUUGGAAGAAAGGCAGACGACUGUUUGGACUCAACUUCUUUCAGGAAGAGGAGAGGGAGAAUUUUCGGAACAAAGGAAUCAUCUUUCAAGGAAUCACAACAAUCCCAUCUCCCCAUUAGAAAAUCCCAUUUCCCAUCUUUCUGGUUUUUCAAUCUCUUCUGUGCGAGGAGAGAGUGUCUCUGGAGGCCGGCCUUCCUGCUGCGUGCCCUAGAUCUUGAGAGAGUCAACGAAGAAUCACCGUUCCCGAUCUUCAAUUCUCGGUUUCAAGCUCCUUUCAGAUCAUAGCAUCAGAUUGCAGAAAUUUCUACACCAAUCAGGCAGUGCAAUGGUGGAUAGGGACUAUGGGCAGGAAUAAGAUCAUUAGGUGAUGAAGUUGUGAUGCAUUUAUUUUAGAUGAAGACGAGUCAUUGGCGAUUAGGCAUGGGUGACAUGCAGAUCUUGCCUGGGGCACGCCAUCGCCCACCUUUGAAGAGGCCAGUGUGGAUUAUUGUCUUGGUUUCUUUGGUCAGCAUCUUUGUGAUUUGUGCUUUUCUCUAUCCACCUCAAAGCAACGCUGCUUGUUACAUAUUUUCUUCCAGAGGUUGUAAGGCUAUUUCAGAUUGGCUUCCACCGGCUCCUGCAAGGCAAUUUACUGACGAUGAGAUUGCAUCCCGUGUUGUGAUCAGAGAUAUUUUAAGCGCACCUCCUAUUCAAUCCAAGAAUCCAAAAAUUGCAUUCAUGUUCCUUACACCAAGUGCAUUGCCUUUUGAGAAGCUGUGGGAUAAGUUUCUCCAUGGUCAUGAAGGGAAGUUCUCUAUCUAUGUGCAUGCUUCUAAGGAAAGGGCAAUUCAUUUGAGCCGUUACUUUUUUAAUCGAGAGAUUCGCAGUGACCCGGUGAUUUGGGGAAAAAUUUCUAUGGUAGAUGCAGAGAGAAGAUUAUUGGCAAAUGCUCUUCAAGAUCCUGAUAACCAGCAUUUUGUCUUACUUUCUGAAAGUUGUGUACCAUUGUACACAUUUGACCAUAUCUAUGACUAUCUGAUGAAUACAAAUAUAAGCUAUGUUGACUGCUUUGAGGAUCCUGGUCCACACGGAAAUGGGAGGUAUUCUGAACACAUGUUACCUGAAAUUGAGAAGAAAGACUUUAGAAAGGGUGCACAGUGGUUCUCUAUGAAGCGUCGGCAUGCUGUGAUAGUAAUGGCUGAUAAUCUCUACUACUCGAAAUUCCGGGACUACUGUAAGCCAGGUUUUGACGGGCGCAAUUGCAUUGCUGAUGAACAUUACUUGCCAACCUUUUUCAAUAUAAUUGAUCCUGGUGGCAUUGCAAACUGGUCCGUAACACAUGUUGAUUGGUCUGAAAGAAAGUGGCAUCCGAAGUUAUAUAAGUCUCAGGAUAUUACACAUGAGCUUCUGAAGAAUAUUACGUCGAUUGAUGUGAGCGUGCAUGUAACCAGUGAUGCGAAGAAAGUAGUACAGAAAUGGCCUUGCUUAUGGAACGGUAUACAACGACCGUGUUACUUAUUUGCCAGGAAGUUCCAUCCAGAAACUCUGAAUGACUUGUUGCGCCUUUUUGCCAAUUAUACAACAGUUUGAGCCGGAUAUUUUUUUACUCCAUAUUCUUUGGUUGGAUCGCCUUCGACCCUUUCACUCCAUCCGAUAUCCAGUAUAGCUGACAAAGUUGUAAAUUGCCAAAUUAUCGAGGCUUGAUAGUUCCCAACCUCCCGACCACGAUUCUUGAGUGCAAGGGCAACUGGCAGAGCAGUUAGUUUGACCCGAGUCAGGCAGGAGGCUAACAGGCUAGUGUUGCUUCCCUGGGGAUGAUACGAGGAUAUGUUGUUAUCUCUACGAACCCUUCAUUCUCUUUCACUGCAUCUUGUGGUUAGUCUUUGUAAAAGAUGAAGUUUGAACUCUCAAGUGGCAAAAUAUACAACACGCAAUAGCGCCGUGAAAUUCACGCUUUGAAAGACAUUUCCGGCAUGCUUUUGGCAGGUGUGGCAAAAUUCAGAGACAAGAAAACUAGAAACAAAGUGAUUGAAUUGCAUAUCAUUAAUCUUGGACAUUAUCAUGUCAUGAGAAGACAUGAGUGCCCAUUUCAUGUGUUCAAAAUUGCUCUUAUUUUCCUCUUUGAAACAAAACUACAAUCUUCAUUCUUCUACUUGCGAAUAAUUUCUUUUCUCCCUAGAUAUUUUACAUGAGAAACUGUUCGAUUUUAGUCUUCA